UCGUCGUCCCGUCCAUUUUUCAACGAAAAUAAAUCGCUUUUCGGGUGACAGUGUGUUUCCGGAACGAUUUACACGCUAUUGUCGACCGAUUUGACGGGCUUAUUUCGUCUCGAUCAGGUGCCAAGCUUACGAUCGGCCAUAUUCGUCAUUAGUAUCUGGUGAAAACGCCUCUUCGGGAGGUAGGAUAAUACACUGCUAUGUAGAAACAUAUUUGAGAAGAUAAUAGUGACGAAUAGCCUGACGAGAAAAGUAAAAGUAACAAGCCUUUUCCCAGCAGCUGCCGCUAUGACGCUUUUUCGUCAAGAGAGGAGGUCACUGCUGGUCUUCUUUUCUCCAGUUCAUCGGCAGAUAUUGGCUUGUCACUCUGAGCUCCUGCAUGUAAAGUGCUGUCAUCAGCAACGCUGUGGAUUGGAUUGGUCGUAUACGAAACGAGGUGAGUAUCUGUCAAACCAACUGGAUUCUGGGUAAGGUUUCGUUCAAGGACUUUCCAUUUCAACUGGCACAAGAACUUGUAAUACAAAAUUUUCCCGCAAAAAAUAGGAUAUCCAUAGACUCUUGUUUGAAAUACUGUAAUGUGUGACCAAGAUAGAUUUAAUAAAUAAGUACUCG